UUGCAGAGGAAUAAUACAAUGAGUACAGAUAAAAGUAUACUUCUUUGUUGCUUUCUGCUUAAAUAUUUUAUGUGUUGCCAUGGAAUAAUUUGGGAUGACCUAGACCUCCCACCUCAGCAUCUUCCUGGCUUAUUCAACUUGAUUCCACACUUGAAGGAAGAGUGUCGUCAUGAUGCGUCUUGCAAUUUUAAGGCACACCUCAACAGUUCAACUUGCUGGAGCUAUCAAGAUGGCUGCCAUUUUACCAGGAGCUGGAGUUAUUCCCAGCCUAUUUGUAAUGGAGAUAGCAGAGGAUGGGUUACAUCAAAGAAGGAGCAGCUCGAGCUUUUCUACAAGCAAGCUGACUUCGGCUUUGUAGAAGAACAGCGGCAGCAGCUUCGUGACUUCUGCCACUCAGAUGUGAAAUCAGGGCUGGUGAGCAGACUCGAGUGCACUGACCACCUCAAAUUCUGCCGAGGCCAACACAUUUGGCUGAACCUCACAAGCUUGGCCACGCGCAGCCAGCCUGUGCGCUACCACAUGGAUGUUCUCAGCUCCGGUGAUGUCCAGGUGUCUUGCUUCUUGUCAGCUGUGAGUUUGUACCACCACUUCUGCGACUUCGUUAAUCUUUACAUGUCUCAACAUGUCAACGCCAGCGACGUCAACGCUUUCUCCACCGACGUUCAGGUUUUGAUCUGGGAAACAUACCCUUACGUGUCGAGCUUCGCUGCCGCGUGGCGAGCCUUCACGCGCCACCCCGUGCGCACCCUCGCAGACUUCGCAGGGAAACGCUUGUGUUUCAAACUUGUGAUGUUCCCACUGCUUCCCCGCAUGAUAUUCGGCCUUUACUACAACACGCCUUUGGUGUGGGGCUGUGAACGCAGUGGGCUGUUCCACGCUUUCAACCGCCACAUGCUGCACAGGCUGCGGGUGCCUCCGAGCAUCGCGCUGCCCGUCGUCAGGGUGACUCUCCUCGCCCGCCACACGCAGCACCGACGCAUCCUCAACCAGCGCCAGUUGGUGCAGGCAGCGCGUAGCAGGACUGACAUCGUCUUUAAUGUCGCGGAGUUUGAGCACGGCCAGGACCUGGUGCUGCAGCUGCGCACGAUAGCCGCAACAGACGUGCUGGUGGGCAUGCAUGGAGCUGGCCUCACGCACCUCCUCUUCCUGCCAGACUGGGCAGCCGUCUUCGAAGUGUAAGACUUGAGUCUCCGGGCAAAUGAAGUUAGGACUUAAGUCUCCAGGCAAAUGAAGUGUAAGACUUGAGUCUCCAGGCAAAUGAAGUUAAGACCUAAGUUUCCAGGCAA